AGGGGGGGGGAGGAGCUGUGGGGCACAUGAGUUUAUCUGUGCCAGACGAGUGUCUCCUGAGCUGCUCGGCAUCCUGUCCUCCAUUGGAGCAUUCAUGGCCCUGAUGGCUCUUUUUUUUCUUUACGUCAGCAACAAGCUGUCAAUGGAGAACAACAGCAAUCUGUCAUGCCUCAGUGACUUUAAAAAGGACCAGCAAGGUAACAUUUACAAUGUUACCUAACGUGCUUAUAGAAUUAAAAUAUUUUGAAUUUAUUUGCAUGUAAGUAUGACUAUUGAUAAAGUCCCAUUCCCAUCCUUAAAUCAAAAACAUGUUUGAAUGACUGAGACUUGUCCCAGACAUUACUAGUAUGGUUUUGCACAUGCACAUCUGUGCCCUGCUUCUCUUAUACACUGAUGGACAAAUAUCUCCACCAGAGCCAGAGAUAUGAGGUAAUCUAGUGGGCAGAGUGUCAAUAGUAGCUCCGGCAAAGAUGGCCUUCUUCAAGAGCUUCCAGCAGAGCCUGCCAUCAGUGAACAUUUCUUCCAUCUUGGACACUGUCAGCAGCCGUGUGGACGACCUUGCUAGUGCCGUUAGUGAUGCUACCUACACAGUCAGUGACCAGCUUACUGAGCAGGUCACCACUAUCAUCAACAAGGUCCAGGAGGAGGAAGAGGUCGGGGGAGCAACUCAGGAGGAAAAAGUUACCCGCAAAAGCAAAAAGCAGGCCUCCAAAGACCCUGAGGCCAGUACAGACGUGAACAAUUCAGAAUUUACAGAAGGAGAGUAUUCUCCAAGUCAGUUAGAAUGGGAGUGGAGAGAUGGAUGCUGGAGAGUAAAAAAACCUGAAUUGAGUAAUGCAAAAGAGGAAAAAGAAAAAGAGGAGAAGAUAAAAAAAGAGGAGGAGGAAUAUAUGUACUCAAACUCCAACAGCAUGUAUAAAAUGAUUGUAGAAAAAACACAAAAUAGCCAGCAGGAGACCAUAGAGAAAGAUUAUGUGAAUGAAGAGGCCAGCUUUUCUAAAGAGGAGUGCAACAAGAAAGAUAUAUUGAACGAAUCUGCCAAAAACUGUGAGAAUAGUACAUCUCCUAGCUCUGAGGAGGAAAGAAAGACUUUGAAACAGAAUAAGUGUGGAGGUAAAGUUGAAGAGCCAAGCUUUCAAAAAAAGAUAAUCACAAAAGGGGAGUUUGAGGAAAAUGAGGGCAACUCCCCUACUCAAGACAAAAAGAAGACAGACACCAAAAAAAGCAAAGGCUCAAACGAGGACUCGGAGAAGGCAGAAAAAUCUAAGUAUAAAAAGAAAAACAUGAAUACAAGUAAGAAGAAACUCGAUACAGACAAGUCCCAUCCAGAGGGGGGUUUGUCUGACAGCGAGGAAGAGUGGCCGUUGAGAGGGCCUGAGGUGCCGGCGGAACAUCACACCUCGACUAACAGACCCAAAAACGUCACAGAGCAUGAGGGCUACAGCAGUGUAGCCUCUCCUGGACAUGCCAACAGUAUCCAACGGAUCCAGAGGGACUUUACCCUGAAUGAGUUACACCCUCCUCCCUACCAGGACAAGGAUGUGCCGGCUCACAAGUGCCAUAAGAGGGGGUCAUCCCCAGAGGUGGGCAGUGUCAGGACCUGCCACUCCAGUGAGGCAAGCUUGGACCAGGACACCGAUAGUUAUCUCAACAAGGGCUAUGAGGAGGAUGUUCCAAGUGACAGUACUGCUGUACUAGGCCCAGAAGAUGGCUCAGCCCCUCAGCUACCAAUUGCAUAUGAGCCAGAGCCUCUGGCCAAGUAUGGCACUCUGGAUGUAGCCUUUGAGUAUGACUCUGAUGAGCAGUGGCUGGCAGUCACUGUCACUGCAGCCACCGAUAUCCCAGCCCUCAAACAGAUGGGCAACAUUUCCUGGCAGGUACACCUAGUUCUGCUGCCCACCAAGAAGCAGCGGGCCAAGACUGGGGUGCAGAAGGGCCCAUGCCCUGUGUUCACCGAGACCUUCCGUUUCUCCCGUGUGGAACAAGAGGCUCUUGGACACUACGCGGUACGGUUCCGCCUCUACAGUGUCCGGCGUAUGAAAAAAGAGAAGGUGCUGGGAGAAAAGGUCUUCUACCUGACUAAGCUCAACUUGCAGGGCAAGAUGGUGUUGCCUGUCACCUUGGACCCUGGCUCGACACUAACAGGUUGUGGCUCACUGGUGAGCAUAUCUCGCAGUGCGGGGGCCUUGUCCUACCGAUCCACAGGAGACUCGUCCUGUCCAGAGAUUUUACUGGGACUCAUCUACAACUCCACCACAGGACGACUAUCUGCUGAAGUCAUACAGGGCAGUCACUUCAAAAACACAGCUUCAGAGAAGCCUACCAAUGGUCUGUUAUGUUGCGUAAAAGAGUUAAUUGGGGGGCAGCUCUAUAUCAUGAGAGAUACCUAUGUGAAGCUGACCAUGGUGGACUCCAAAGGCAAGGAGAUGUCCAAGUGUAAAACAGCAGUGUGCCGUGGCCAGCCUAACCCCACCUACAAGGAGACCUUUGUGUUCCAGGUGGCACUAUUCCAACUGUCCGAGGUCUCCCUGGUUGUGACUGUUUUUUGGAGACGGAGCAGCAUGAAGCCAAGGGAGAAGCUAGGAUGGGUCUCCCUUGGCCUCAACAGCACUGGGGAGGAGCAGCAGGCCCACUGGACUCAGAUGAAAGAGGCAGAGGGACAGCAGGUGUGCCAGUGGCACACACUCAUGGACACAUAAGAGGAUGUAUUGGGGAGAAAGAUUAGGAAGUUUCUGGUGACCCUGGAUUGAGAUGACACACUCAAGUUGUAGACAAAAGACGACGUACACACUCACUUAUACGUGUAAGAGAAUGCAACUCAAGGUUGAAGCACAGAGAUUAACUGUCUUCAUUGAUAGAUUGCAUUAAUACCCUUUAAUCCAUAAACCAGACACUUCACUUGAGACAUACUGGUGUAGAUUUAAGCUCCUAGGCCAGACAAAUCACUAACUAAUGGGGAUCUUAGUUCAUCUCAGUUGCUUUGGUACAUUUCUUGAAUCAUAUUUAACAAUUACAAAACAUGAAGUGCAUUUCUCAAAUCAAUUCGUACAAGCUGCAAUACAAUGGAUUGGUAGCGAAAGCCUGUAACGUCCUCAAAAUUAUUAGUUUAGUGCCAUCUGAAUGAGAAGUCCUUGUUUCAUUGUUCACAAACAAGACAGUCAAAAUGCUUAGCCAUAUUGACAAUAUAACAGUGUAUUCUGUAAGUAGUCUGUGACGUAAACUAUGGCUGAGGUUUUGAUGACAAUUAUUGAAAAUGCCCAAAGCUGCAGUCUUUUUGUAUGGCACAUAUCAAUUUAAACAUAAAGUUUCACAUUACUUACCGUAUGUGGGAUUGAUUGCAAUAGACAGGAUUCACAUUUACACUUUUACUUUUUGUACUGUAACUUGUUGACAGACCAUGUCAUUGCGAUACAAAAGACUGUUAUACAGCAUUGCAUAGCACAAUUAUUAUUUUUUGUAAUGUAAACACAGAAAACACCCCUUGGGCAGAACUGUACAUGCAACUCGGGAAUGGGAAUUGACAAUUAUGUUUUGGGAGGUAGACUAUUUAAUAGUGAACCAGUAAAUUUUGAUCAACAUGACAUAAGCAAUUGAUUAUGUAGGAAACAGCAAACAAUCGUACGUAUUUGCAUGAAUGUAACAAAGCAUAGUUUAAAAGGAAACAUUGAUUUUAUGAUGUGUAGAGAGAUGAUGUGGAGGUUGAACAAAUCGUUUCGAGAAUUUCCAUUGUGAUCUGAAAAAUGUACCAACGUGACUGAGAACAACUGUUAAUGGACUCAAUAGUGUUUCAAUAUAUAUAUGUUUUGCAUGUCAUUGUUUACAGAGAAUGAUCAGGAGGCUUCCAUUACUUGAACAAUGAACUAUUUGUAUCCUGAAUCUUGACCAAAGAUUGGUAUUUUCCACAAGAAAAUCCUUGUUUCUUCCAACUUUGAUGGACACCAGCAUAUUUUUCUGCCACAUUUCCCUGCCAGUACCUCGAAAAGAACAUUUUGUAUGGGUUACAAAGAUUGCUCAGUCAGGGUCUGGCAUGCUGCAAAUAUCCCCAAAGUCUUUACUUUGACAAUACCAUUUGCUAACAUGUGACAUUAUGCAAUAUUCUUCAUUGUAAUAUAUUUUUGGCUCUUACAACUGUUUAAUCUAUUAGUGUAUGGACAUGUGUCUUCCAUGCAUGUGUUCAGUAUUGAAGUGCAAAAACAUGGUCUCAGAUUAUACAAAAACGUCAACUGUCUUUACCAUAAUUGGAAAUAGCCAUUGCGGAAGUUAAGGUUGCUAGGUUUCUCAAUAUUUAAAACAUUAGGUUUAUGCUGAAUCAAACACUAUACUACUUUCAGUGAAUUACGGAGAGAGCCUGUUUCAUCAUAUCCUUCUGACUACUGUUUCAUGUAGAUGUGAUGCUCCCCUGAUGAGAGGAACUUUUAUGACAGGCAAGGGACCAGCGCUAACAUUCUUAUCUAUAGAUACUGUUCAGGUCUUUUUCAUUAUAGUGUGUUUGUGUGGAUAAAUUGAAGAGCUAAGGGGGUGAUAAAAGAACAACACCCAUGCUCCACUAACAGUAGACCCCAUCUUAUAUAUAGUUUUAUGCAAAGGUUUGGGCACCCCUGGUUAAAUUUUCGGUUACUAUGAAUAAUACUGUGUUAAGCGAGGAGAAGAUAACAUGAUCUCCAAAAGGCAUAACGUUAAAGAUUAAACAUUAUUU